CUAGCGUUAAUCACUGCCUUAUUAAAAACAAUAGCAAUAUUCUCGAAUAAAAUCGCUCUCGAAAAUAGAAAUAAGUAGUAAAAUGAAUCUGUUAGACUUGCCGCAAACGGUGCUUCUGGACAUUUUCGAAUGGCUGCCCUACGAUGAGGUGGCCAAAAAACGAGAGGUGUGCACACUUUUUAAUUACAUCGGCCAGCAAGUUUUGAAUAAGGGAUUCAACAAGAUAAUUUUAGCCCAUGCCAAGAACUUCAAGCGGAUCAAAUCCAUGCUGCCACGACGGGAAUCGGAACGCAGGAACCACAUCCUAUCCCGUCACUCGGACAUACUCACCUCCAUCGAGACACGCAUAUCAAUGCUGACUAUGACGUAUUCCAAGUUCAUUGACCUUAACAUCUGCUGCUUUAUACCGGGUCGCGUUCUGGACGAGAUCAACAGCAUACUGCGCAUUUUGAGUACCUCCACCAAACAGCUGCGACCGCACGAGGUCCUGCAAGAGCUGCGUGACAUCUCCUCCAUGGCCAUUGAGCAUUUUGACGAGAAGAUUGCCGUUAACUUUAAGAUGGAGCACCGGAAACAACUGGCGGAAUCCACGGCUGCCGGAACUCGCCUGGUGGUUUGCAGUGCCUUGGGGGACAUAAGCUUUAGUGGCGUCAAGCGAACUGGAAUAAGUCGACCCGUUGAUCAUGCAUUAGUCCAGCAGGCCAUCGUCCAGUUGGCCCCCAUCUGCGCCAGCAAACCAUCACAGUCGGAAUCCUCCCCGCACAGGGAUCGAGUCUCCAGGCACCUCCUCAAGCAGUACCAAGUGCAAAGGACUCUCACGCAAAAGAUUCGCAACCUGGAGGUGUCGCGGAAGGUGCAGGAUCGCCGCCUACAGGAAGCCCUCUCCAGCAUCACAGAGCUGACCACCCAGGUGUCCGAACUCAAGCGCCAGAUGGAGGAUGUGGUCGCCAAUAUACCAAGCUGUGCCGUCAAACGACAGGCGGUGGCCAAUGCGGAGUGCAUACCACCGCCGCAAAAGAAACCCAAGGUCUAGCCAAGGAUUAGGUUUAAAGAAAUAGCAUAGACAUCAACCACUCCCAUCCAGACAAUUGUAGCUAUUAGGUGGAGUACGUAGCAUAAACAUAAAGAGUGCAUCUUCGAUAUAUCGCGUUAAGAUUUAUUGUUGCACUUGUUACUUAAAUAUUGUAUUACUACUAUAUAAAUACAUUGAACAUCUAGUGAAAA